GUGCCAGUCUGGAGGAGUGGGCGUUCCUAGGCCGGCUGUAUUAGCAUAGGUAACACCCACAUGUGAUGCUGAGCCUCCAUGAUUGAAAGAACUGACUUCUAAUGAAUGAAAGAGAAGAGGCCAGGGACAGUCAGGCUGGGGAGGAAGGUGCUAGAUGAUGCAGGAUGCCAGGAGAGAAGCCGAUACACCUGUGCAAGACUGAAGGGGAGGAGCCAGUACACCUGUGCAAGACUGAAGGGGAGGAGCCAGUACACCUGUGCAAGACUGAAGGGGAGGAGCCGGUACACCUGUGUAAGACUGAAGGGGAGGAGCCGGUACACCUGUGCAAGAGUAGAGGGGAGGAGCCAGUACGCCUGUGCAAGACUGAAGGGGAGGAGCCGUUACACCUGUGCAAGACCGGAGAGGAGGAGCCAGUACACCUGUGCAAGACUGAAGGGGAGGAGUCGGUACAGCUGUGCAAGACUGAAGGGGGGAGCCGGUACACCUGUGCAAGACUGAAGGGGAGGAGCCAAUACACCUGUGCAAGA